AGGAAAAAACAUCUAAAUAUUCCUGAAAUAGCACCGUACACUAACGCCGUGUGCAAAAAUCCCAAUUCCUCGCAUUACAAGCUCGUAUAGGCAAAGAUGAUCGCACUCAGGAUGGUAUUUGAAACAAUAAAACUCUUUAAUAAUAACCAACGAAAAACGCGAACGGCCACACUCACUCCCGACUCACACCACAGUUCCACCUCACUCUCCCUAGUUUUUCUACACUACACGAUUAAUUACGUCAUAUUAUGGCUAAUUGCGUCAUCUUACCACUUAAGUACAUGACGUUCUCGCGCGUUAACGAUGGCCGGCGUCGGUGACGUCACUCGCAGACUAAAACUUGCGGCGACUCCCAAAUCCCCAAUAUAAACUUUACACUGGAGGAAUCCGAUGAGCUGUAAAGCUCCUUUUCCGAUAGAUGUCCAGAAGAGGCCCGUUUCGUUAAACGUAACCGUUUGAGGUCGAAACCGCAUGUAAUGACGUCAUUGACUAGUGGCGCUACUUACGUGACGUCACGUAACAUAAUUUUAACGUGUCGUCACUUGCAAUGUUUCACGUCACUUUGUGGUCUUGUUAUGAAAUUGGGAUAUUGCCCGAAACGUCGCCUAUUUUUUCCCUUUAAAGCUACGCACAGUGUUACGGACGAACGUGUUGAGUUCGUAUUUGCCCUUCGAGGUGAGUUCCUCAUGAGGCACAUUCAGAAUAAACAUGCAUUUAGAUUAUUUUGCUGCUGUAACUUUCCACACGAUAAGCCACUUUCUUGAGCCAUCUUGUGUGGCCCAGGUGGCUUCUAAAAAAUAAGUUAAUACCUCAGUGGGUAUUACCCGAUAAGACAAUAUAUAGUUUGGUUUUAUUUUUAUAUUUCUUGAAGCGAUUUACCUUUCCUAUACUAUGCACUUCUGUCGUGUUUUAUAUUUUAUAUAGUUUUUUUAUAUAUAUAGUUUGCAGUCUAAAUAAAUCAAUUCUGAUGGUGCCUGCUAAUGUGGCAGCCACCUUGCUAAGGGGCGGCGGCGGGGGGGGGGGCAGCAAUCCAUUUACAGUUCCCGCGUUGCCAUGGAGACCCCACCCCCCCCAUCUCGUUGGUGUGGGGGGGGGCCUCGCUUUACCCCCCUGACCAAGAUGGCCACGUGGCCGCUCCACGUCCGACCUCUGCUUCGGCGACUCCUCCGCGCCGCCAACUCGGCCGGGCGCCCUGGCGCCCCCCUGGUCGCGGAGCUCCCGACGCUGUCGAGGUGGCAUGGACUGCGUAGAAACAACAGUAGCAUCAUUACCUGCGCAAGUCUCAGCAGUCGUGGGUUCAAUGCUGGACGACCUCUUACGACAGCGCGGGGCUCUGCCACUCACGACCCGGCGUCAAGGUCAACAUCGGGAGAGGAUGGAAGGGGUGAUGUCUUCAUUCCGAUUUACCGCUUCCCGGCCAUCAGAGCGAUGCGCUUCAUAUCGCGACUGAAGAACGUGCAGACGAUAUUCAUGGUGGUUGCAUUGCCACCCAUCUAUUACCUGCACACGCAGGGCCUGGUGGACGAGCACUCAUUGUGGCUGACGUCGGGCGUUGCCGCCCUCGCCUGCUGCUCCCUCUACGGCAUCAGCCACUACCUGCGACGCUGGGUGGGACUGAUCGCGCUGAGCGCCGACGGGGACACGCUCCGCGUGUCGCACCUCUCCUUCUGGGGCGGGCGCCGCGACCGCCUCGUGCCCGUGGCGGACGUGGUGCCGCUCUCCGAGGGCCGUGACCGACCCCACGACCCCCUGCUGGCGCUGCGCUUCUACUCGCACCGCGACGUGCUGUACUUCUCGCUGCGCUACGGCCGCGUGCUCGACGGCGUGAAAUUCCGCGCCGUUUUCGGCGAUACGUUCCCCUCACCAGAUCGGUGAUGGUAAAAAUAAAAACACACCAUGCUGCCAUAAGAAUGUUGAGUUGAAACCACUGGCACAGAACUAAUAUUGGCAAGCGGGAUAAUAGGCUCGUUUGAGCAGGAAGACAUGCUCUUACAUCCCCUUCCUCCAGACAUCCCAGCCGUCCCAGCCAUCCGUGCUGUCGACUCCCUGCAUCUAUCCAAGUCCAGGCUCGAGACCUUCAUUUUCCGACCGACUGCCUCUCCCUACAAAUAUAAACACUUCUCCUGUCACUGUACAUCUCCUUAAGAUGUAGUAACAUUUAAACGCUAUAUUAUUCCAAGUUGUAUCCCUUAUGGGGCCGAUUAACCUCCAAUAAAACUUCAACUGGCGACCUCCGACUGCCGAGUCGAGUGCCCUGACCAUACUGCCACCUCGCUGGCCGUUGUGCCGUCAUUGUGCAAAACUGUUGUUUUAAAACAACACACUUCUAAUCUUUAAACGAACUGUGUGAAUCUACUUUAAAACGAUGUGUGUUAAAAAGCCCAGUCCCUAUGGAACCUGUGAAGCGCAAUUUUUCAUUGUCAACAAGGGUCAUCUUAAUCUGAUGAAAAUCUGCUCGAUAAUCAACUCUUUGAGUUCUAUUCUUGGCCACAGCUCACAUCAGUGGUGAGUGAUAACCAAACUGGUCCUGGGCACUCCCUUCCCCGACUCUCACCGACCAGCGUGGUGAAGUAUGUUUAAACUUCCAAAUAACCGGCAUGGCAUUCGUCCAGCAGUGUAUUAAACAAGGGCUGUACAUUAUACAUUCUUGUGUAGUGCUUGUGUAAGAUUACGCUCCGAAUAGAAUGGAAGCUCCCUUAAUUCUUAGGCUUGCCAGCUUGUUUUACUUUUUAUCCAAUAUAAAUACAAAACGUGAAAAAAAUUAAAUCGGAUCUCAUGAUGGUUUACACAGCGUUUUACACUUACGUCAGUUGUAGCUGUAAAGGUAUAGCCAGGGACCGGUGAACUCAUUAACACAUCAUUUCCAACAGCCCAUAAAGUCACCCAGGUCAACGGUUCACAUGCCAGCCAAAGGUCAACUCAGCCCCUCAUCAUCAUCCUCUGGGGGUCGAUACAAUUUGGCCAUACCACUUUGUGGGAAGCCAACAGUGGAUAGACUCCCACUUGCCAUGGGAAUGUGGAAUCUACACCACUGGCCGAGGAAGGACUACCAGCAGAGAUGAGUACUGUCCAAUGCUCAUAUACGGAGGGACACUAUCUCGUUUACCUUUGGUGAUAGAAAUAAACUACUGCUCUUGGUCAA